CUUCUCUGCUUGUCCAUCUUUCAUCCAAACCACUCCGAGGCAUCGACAACAACAAAACAAGAUGCGGUCCCUCAGGAAAGCCCACGCGCGGCUGCCACUGCGCAACGUCUCCCGCCUGCUCUCCACGACGACCCCAGCAUCGAGUAGCAGCACCACUGCCAGCACCACAUCCACCACCACCACCACCACCACCCCCAUCACCUCCCUCCUCAUCGCCAACCGCGGCGAGAUUGCCCUCCGCAUCCACCGCACCGCCACCCGCCUCGGCAUUCCGACGACAACCAUCUACACCGACGUCGACAAGGACUCGCAGCAUGCCGCCGCCUCGCCCUCCUCCAUCGCCCUGGGCUCCGACCCGCGCGCAUACCUCGACGGCGACAGCAUCGCCUCCCUAGCCGCCCGCCACCGCAUCUCGGCCCUGCACCCAGGCUACGGCUUCCUGUCGGAGAACGCGGCGUUUGCGCGGCUCUGUGCCGACCGCGGCAUCAACUUCGUCGGUCCGCCGCCCCAGGCCAUGGCCGACAUGGGCGACAAGGCCCGGUCCAAGGAGCUCAUGACGGCCGCCGGCGUGCCCUGUGUGCCAGGCUACCACGGCCCGGACCAGGACCCCGCCUUCCUGCAGGACCGCGCCGCCGAGAUCACGUACCCGGUCCUGCUCAAGAGCGUCAAGGGCGGCGGCGGCAAGGGCAUGCGCAUCGUGCGCUCGGUCGACGAGUUCCCCGCCCAGCUGCGCAGCGCCCGCGCCGAGGCCCGCGCCAGCUUCGGCCCGGACGGCGAGGUGAUGCUGGUGGAGAAGUACAUUGAGCGCCCGCGCCACGUCGAGGUGCAGGUCUUUGCCGACCGCCACGGCGCCUGCGUGGCCCUGGGCGAGCGCGACUGCAGCGUCCAGCGCCGCCACCAAAAGGUGCUCGAGGAGUCGCCCGCGCCAGGGCUAGCCGAGGAACUGCGCCAGGACCUGUGGGCCAAGGCGCGCACCGCCGCCGCCGCCGUGGGCUACGUGGGCGCCGGCACCGUCGAGUUCAUCCUGGACCGCGACACGGACCGCUUCUACUUUAUGGAGAUGAACACGCGGCUGCAGGUUGAGCACCCCGUCAGCGAGAUGGUGACGGGCACGGACCUGGUCGAGUGGCAGCUGCGCGUGGCUGCGGGCGAGCCGCUGCCGCUGACGCAGGAUGAGAUCGAGGCGCGCAUCCGGGGCCGCGGCGCCGCCAUCGAGGCCCGCAUCUACGCCGAGAACCCGGAGAAGGGUUUCCUGCCGGACUCGGGCCGGCUCGUGCACCUGGCCACGCCGCGCACCGACACCGACUCCAAAGCGGCCGAGGACGCCGACGUGCGCAUCGACGCCGGCUUCGUCGAGGGUGACACGGUGUCGCAGGCCUACGACGGCAUGAUAGCCAAGCUCAUCGUGCGCGGCCGCGACCGCGAGACGGCGAUCCGGCGGCUGGAGCUCGCGCUGCGCGAGUACGAGGUGGUCGGGCUUAGCACAAACAUCGAGUUCCUCAAGCGCCUGUGCCGUAGCCCGGCCUUUGUCGAGGGCGACCUCGAUACGGGCUUCAUCGAGCGCUGGCGGGACGACCUGUUUGCGCCGCGCCGCGUCGAGGACGAGGUGUUUGUCCAGGCGGCCCUGGCGCUCGCCGCUGCUUCGUCGCCUCCCCAAGCAGCCCCGGGCCCGCACGGCGAGACGCUGGGCUUCGGCGACGCGGGCGCGUCCACGGGGGACCGCAGGUUUGCCUUCAAGGUGACGGACGGCUACGCGGAGCAGCCGGCCGAGGGCGCCAAGGAAGACGUGGUCGAGGUGGUGGUAACGCAGCGCGGCGGCGGCCUGUUCAACGCGCGCGUCUCACGCGGCGGCGAGGAGACGCCUCGCGAGUUUGACAACAUCACAACCGGCAGCAGCAGCAGCACUAGGAACUCGACAAAAACGACCGUCAGGUCGCUCUUCCCGCUAGCGCGCAUCGAGUCGACGGUGGUGCGGGACCCGACCAACGGCGACCGCAUCACCGUGUUCCAGCUCGGCACCAAGACGGAGCUGGCGCUGGCGCAGCCGUCGUGGUACGAGGAGGCGCUGGGGCUCAAGGAGGCGGCCGCGUCGGUCGUGGCGCCCAUGCCGUGCAAGAUUCUGCGGAACGAGGUGGGCGAGGGCGACGUGGUGGAGAAGGGGACGCCGCUGGUCGUCAUCGAGUCCAUGAAGAUGGAGACAGUUAUCCGCUCGCCCCAGGACGGCGUCAUCAAGAAACUAGCGCACAAGGAGGGCGACAUUUGCAAGGCGGGGACGAUUCUGGUACUGUUUGAAGAGGCCGAGGAGGCGAGCUGACGAGUGGCAUGUUUGGUGCACUUUGCAAGACGCGGCUGGGCGCAAGGGGUUAGCAGGCGUAUCUUGGGUACAUGAUUUCUUUUUCUUGCGUCGUUUCGAAGUGAUGCUUGGGUCUGUUCAUACGCAACAUAUAAAAGGCAUAAAUCUAUACACAUUGCGACUAAGCCGACAGCCCUACCUGCGGCACCAGCU